CCUAUAGUUGGCAUAAGUUGUGGAAGCUUUGGAGGAAGUGUAGCCUGAAAGGUGUUACAAGCAAAAAAAAUGUUUGUUCUGUUUUAAGGAAUUCAUGAGCAAUUGGCUAGUAUUGCUUUUCCUGGUGGUGAAGAUAUCAACAAAAAAUUUUGUUGGUGCGUGUAUGAAGAAUACAGUUUUAAGAGAGCAAAAUAGUUCAGAACAGUUCCGUAAAAAAAUAACUUCAAGUCCUGAAGAAAGAACAAGAUCUCAGUGAAGCUCUGAACUGGGAGGAGAAAACUUUGGCAUUGUAGGAUUAAUAUCAUAAAAAGACAUUUAGUCCAGGAGCAGGCUCAAGUGGGUGGCAGUCCUGAGGGAUUUCAGCAAGUGUGCUCUCCAGUACAGCAGGGCCAAGGAGAAGGCUGUCUCCCAGCAGUACAGCCACAGACAUUGGCCCAUGGUCAGCAGCCUCAGGGGGUAGGCGCAGAGCAUAUCCAGCAGCAGAAUCAAACAGUGCAGGGAGGCAUGGCCCUAAACAUGAAACCACAGCAAGUGGACAAGGGGCGGGAGGCCCUGGAAGUGACUGUACAGGUGAGGCUUCAGAAGUUGGGCGAGGGAUGGGAAGCUCCAGAGAUGACAGUACAGGUACAGCCUCAGAAGCUGAGCCCACAGUGGGAGAUGUCAGAUGUGACUGUACAGUUGCAGUUAGAGCAGCAGGGCAAAGAAACAGCUCUCCCGCAAGUUACUGUGCAGGUACAGCCAAAGGUGCAGAGACGAGGAGGAACUGAUCUCAAGGUCACUGUACAGAUGCACUUUGGCUGUGAGCUGAAAAAGGUGAGCUGUAUGCAGGACCAAGGUGAGGAAAUAUUAGAGAACGGAGAGCAGCAGACACUAAAUGAAAAUCAAGGAGAUUCAAUAGCAAGAUCUGAAGGCAAGAGAGAACUGGCUGUGAUGGAGUUGGUUCUACAGGGAGCUCAUAGCCAAAAGCAGGAUCAAGAAGGAAAGGUGUUAAAAUUCCAGCAUGGACAAAGCCAAGAAGAUGGGAGAGAAGAAGUAACGGAGAUGCAUGCUGAAAACAAAGCAGGCCUGCACGUUGAGGUGACAGAUCAGCUAUAUGAUCAAAACCAAAAGGAGGAAGAGCUGAAAGCAGACCUAUCACUGCAGCAGGAAGGUCAAAGAGAUACAAAGAUGGAACAGGGCCAAGGUGAUGGCCAAGAAGGGCCCAAAGGGGUGACUGAAGAUCAACAAGAAGGCCAGGAGCAAGUGUUUAGGAAGCGCCCACGAGAGACUCCAAAUUACUUUGUCUCUAUACCAAUAACAAAUGACCAGAUUUUGGAUAGAAUUGAAGAUGUCCAAGAGCUCAUAUUCACAAAGGAGCCUGAUUUGUUGAGAGCUUUUAUUCCUGUUCAGACUAUGCACCUAACUGUAGUUGUUGCUCAUCUGGGAACAGAAGAAGAAGUGAAAAAGGCUGUUUUGGCACUGAAGCAAAGCAAGACCAAAGUGGAAGCCAUUUUGCAGGGUAAAGACCUUAUUAUGACAUUUCACGGGAUUGGACAGUUUAACAAUCAAGUGAUAUAUGUGAAAAUGUCAGAGGAAAAUCGGAAAAUGCUCUGCAGAAUUGCAGAAGCUGUGGAAAACUCUUUUAAUGAAAUGAAUCUCGACAUUUCAGGGAGCAAGGAUUUCAAACCACAUCUUACUUUUUUAAAGCUCUCCAAGGCACCAAGACUGAAAAGAAAGGGAUUCAGAAAAAUUUGUUUGGAUCUGUACAAAGAAUACGAAGACAGUUACUUUGGCACAGAGGUCUUCAGUCGAAUUGAUCUCUGUGCCAUGCGCAAGAAGAAACAGGAAUCUGGUUACUAUUACUGUGAAUGUUCAAUUCAUGUGGGCUCCAGAGGUGCAGAAGAGAGCAAAGAACAAGGAAUGCAGACAGAAGUUGUGAAAGCAACAACCAGUGAAGCCCCUUCAAGUGCUGCUGGGGCUGAAACAGAAGUGAAUGCUGUGAGCUGUAACCAUGCCUUGCGUUCAGUAGUAGCUGGUGAUAAACCAUCUAAAAACAUUGCUGAGGCUUUAAUUGUGAGUGAAGAGAAAGAAAUCAGUGAGAUGAAUGGACAACCUGAAGGCACAGAUGAGACUUCUCUUGCAUCUGAUGAGGUCUGCUCAAAGUUGGUACAUGGCCUGUUGCUGAGUGUGGAAGAAGGACAAGAAAAAGCCAAUAUUAUAGAUGGUAGUCUGCAGGAAACCAAAGCAAUGGAAUCUGCACCUGAUGUGCCAACAAGUUCAGGAUGAAGUUAUCAUAGCUCUUUGGAUCUGGUCCACCUUUGGUGAUGGUGAAGGAAGGCAAGUGGUGUGGCACAGGGCUGGGGAAGGAGGUAGGGACAGUGAAUUUCUGACAGGAAAAAGACUUUCUUGGAGACUGACAGAACCAGAAGUAGAAAAAACUCAGAAAAUAUCAUAGAAUACUGAGUCCAAAUGGUGAAACGCCUGGGUCUAAAGAAAAACAAGCUGCAGGUGUCUAUGUUUGCACCAAAAAGAUAAAUUUGUCUGGAGCAUACAGGGUAAAGCAGAAGCCAAAGCAGAUGUCAGAAACAUGUUUCAGAAGCAGAGUUUUCUGCCUUGGUCACAUCUCUUCCCCCUGCCCCUCUGCCUUUACCUUCUCUGUGCUGGCAGCUCCUGGCUCUGCCCUCUCCCAGGAGUGCACAAAGCUGCUCUGGGUUAAGUAAGGUUCUGCACUGUUCCUGUGACAAUCAUGCCUGCAAAUUGUAGGGCUUCAGUUGUUGAUCUGCUUGUGUGAACUAUGUGCUUUGGUUCCACUAGUAGCUACUUAAUGCAAAAACGUUGUCUGACUUAUGGAAAUGGAUUGUUUUAUUGCACCACAAGAUACUGUAAUACUAAGUAUUUUUCCUUACAGGUGAGCUGUUAAGGACAGGAUGGGUGAUCCAUAAUGAACUAAUUGUGUAAAAAGCCUUGGAGCAGAUGAGGCACCACAGCCUUUCUGUAAGGCUUUCUCUCUUUUCUCCCUCUGAAAUGUCAUGGUCCUGGGACAGAACAAAACAGAACCGCAUUCAUUUCUGACAGCAUGAGAUUAAGGGCUUUGUGCCGCUGCUGGGGCUGAAGCCUUUUUGCUUUUUUUGCAUGUUAUCCUCCGAAGCUGCAGAUCCGUGCUGGCGGCUCCCGGGCAUAGCAGGACAGGGCCGGCAGGUGGCACUGCGGGAGAGCGGCGGCACCGGGAGCGGAGGGACAAGCUGCCCUGCUACGUACAUGGGGCUUGGGCAGCUCCGGAGGGGCAAUGGAGGUGGGAAAGGUGGCGAAGAGCCUGGGAAAAUGCUGGGCAUCCCGUUCUGCUCUACCCGAUUAUUUAAAAAUGAUGUUGGUUCUUGAAAAACCUUAUUUUUUCAGGGAAAUAUGUGCAUUGUGAUGGGAGAAGUGUAGUAAUUCUUCAGAAGAAAAGUAUCAGGAAUAUUGCGUUUGGCUUCCAUACAUGGUGCACAGGAAUACGGCUCUGGGCAGAGCAUCCAGUGUGCACUCUGUUAAACUAACAUUGUGAAAUUAAGCUGUCCAGCUGGUUACUGGCUGUGUGAGCCUGGAUGUGUGCCCUGGUUGUGGGGAACGGAGGGCAGCCAGGUUUUGGGGUUGGUGUUGAGUGGGAGGACAGAGCUGGCUCUGCAUGCAAUAACCGCUUUGUGCUCUGCACUGAGGUUUGGAGCAGUGCUUGGCACAGCAUUUAUUUGUCACUCUGCUGAAGGUUGUGCACUUCUGAAAGCCUGUCCCCCAGUGGUCUUCUAAAUGCAAAUCUGAGAGCGGCUAUUCACCGCUGCUCUGAGGUCUUCAAAAUGCGGCUCAACUGCACAAUGCUAGAGGGAAGGCUUUGAGAUUAAUUUCAGAGAGUAGUUACCAGCAAGGCUCGUAAUUCUCUGCAUCAGCACACUGGGGACAAAACUGUUUUCCAGAAAACUUUGCCAUAAACACUGUUUCCUCAGUGUGUUUAAUGAUUCCCUAAUUGGGCAGAGGAUUGGUAGAGUCAUUCAUCUUAUAAACCUAAGUGGAUUCAAUGGCCUAGGACGGAGCACAGUUUACAGUGAGCUGUAUUCGUUCUUGUUGAAAAUGUUAAUUAUCUUUUUAUAGACAGAUGGCACUGGAGUGUAGCAAAUGUGUGGUGAACCUGUGUUCAGAAACGUCUGGGUGUUAAAUGCCUACAGAUUCCAAUUUAAGUUUAAUUCUGUUUUAGGAAUAUUGUGAUUCUUGCAGGGUAAUUAAUAUCACUUAUCUUAAGAGUAUAGUAGCCUUGUUUUGGUAUAUUAAGUUAAAGUAAACACUUAAGUUAUAUUGCUACAAUUAAUCUUCAUAAUUUAAAAUAGUGCUUAAAACAAAAUGUCUACCAAAUACGGUGUUCAGCUCUUUAUCCUUUAAUGACAACUAAUUCAAAACAAGUUUCAGUAAUGUUAUUCAGGUUAUAACAGCAUAUAAAGCAUACUUACACUCUCCAUCAUGAAAAUAUGUAAGUUGGGAAUUUCGUUGCUCUGCUUUAGGCAUAGGAAUUCCUGUUUUAGUCCCCUGAUGUAAUUUAUUCAAAAUUAAUUGAAAUAUAUUUCAUUAUUAGUGGGUGAGAUGUAGCUUAUAAAAAAAAUUGCACUGAAUAAGUAGAUUAAUUGCCCUUUGUGAUUUCUAUGGGUAAAUAAUACCUAAAAUCUAGGUCUAGAUGCAAGUUUGAUUCAUUUUUAUACACUUCUGCAUUUACUGUUAUUUUCACGAUAAUGUUUUCCCCUUUGUGGCCUCUAACUUGCCUUUUUUUUUUUUUUUUUUUUAAUUUCCUGUAUAAGCACUAGUAUUUUCUAUAGAAGAUGGAUGUAAUCUGAUUAUUUUUUUUAUUUGGGUUUAGUUUGUAACUUGAGUUACUGAAACAAUGGUUCAACUUCAGAGUGAGAGAGAACUUGCAUUAAAUAUUACCUACUGGCUGUGUUUAAGAUCCAUAUGUGGAACUGAAUUAACAUGAUAAUUGUUUUCAAAGUAAGUUAAGGAAACUUUGAGACCAGCAUUUCCCCCAUUCUUGGCUGAUUUACUUUACUUGGAUAUAUGUAAAUUGUUCUAAGAGACAGGAUGCAAAAGCUGAAAUGUUCUGUAGAUACCUUUCUUUGGAUGCUGCUAGACAAACACCAGGCCACUUGACAUUUGAACAGCUGGGGUAGUGUGUGGUUCUGGACAUUACACUUUUUUUGGGUGUUAAAAGCAACUGAGCAAGAGCCCGUUAUAUGUUAUCUUGAAAUAAAUAAAGGUCUUGGCUUGUCCAGUUGGAUUUCC